AUUUCUUCUAUAUAACAACAGAGAAAGAUGGUGAGGGUAGGAGAAGCAUUGAGUGUAUCAACCUCAUCGUCUUCAUCGUUCUACGAUAGCGAAGUAGAAGAGCUUCAAAAGAUGCCAUUGGAACCACCUAGAGUUAAGACUAAGAAACGUCUCUCCAAGCAACUCUCCAUGUUAGAGACCCGCAGAGACAUCGCAUGGGAGCGUCGCCGCCGCCAGAUGCUCCAUCACCUUGAGAAGCAUAACGAAGGAGGAGAUGACUUGACGGACGAGGACUUGAGUGAGCUCAAAGGUUCUAUUGAGUUAGGGUUCGGGUUUAACGAGGAGCAAGGGCAACAUCUUACAACUACAUUGCCUGCAUUGGACCUUUACUUCGCUGUGACUCGUCAGAUCUCGCCGGUUUCUACACCAGGCAGCGGUGGAUCUUCUUCAUCCUCCCGUCCUACUUCCCUUGGAGACCGAUCUUCCUCUUUUGGUAGCCCUAUAAGCGACUCUGAUUCUUUGAAGGUUAUGUCUCCAGGAGAUAAUCCUCAACAGGUUAAAACGAGACUGAGGCAUUGGGCACAAGCUGUAGCAUGUUCUAUGAUACAAUCUUCCAAUUAAGCAGAGAAGUGAGAGAUGGGUUUGUACAAGAGUGGGACAUGAAUGAUACUAC